UCUUGCAGGAACUCCCCUCCUUUCAUUCCAUUCUUUCAGCCUUCCGUUUAUAAAGACCCCCCCCCCCCCUCGUCCUUCAUUCCUCUCGUCUUUUCCUGCAAACAUGUUCCCCUCCUUCCUCGUCGUCCUCACCUUCAUUUCCCUUGUUUCCGCUCUGGCCUCCCCCCACAUGUCCCAGGCUGUCCACCGGCAUCGUUCUCUGUCGGCUCGCAUCGCAGCGCCCGUCGCUGAGCCUCUCGUUGACCCACAACCUGUCCUUCCCAAGCGCACCCGUUCCAGGAGGCUAGCUCGCAGGGCAAGCUCGGGGCGGUGUAACGCAAGCUCCGUAGCUCAGGCCUCAUCAACGGCACUGGCUCAGCAAGCCUCCUCGACCACUCCUGUUCAUACAACCAGUGCCACUCCAGAGUCGACUAGUGCUGCACCAGCUACUAGUUUCACUCAAGAGUCUACGUCUGUCGAGGAGCAACAUACCCUUUCUUCUUCUUCAUUUUCUUCCUCUUCCUCUUCCUCGGUCGCUCAGGAAACUCAGCCAGCGGCACCCACGACCACCGCUGCUCCGCAGACAACUUCUACCACAUCAAGUGCUCAGGCGACCUCUACCUCGGGCAGUUCGGGUGGCAGUACUUCCAGCACACAUACCGGAGAGAUCACCUUCUACGACACUGGUUUGGGUUCUUGUGGCGAAACCAGUUCUGACACGGACCACAUAGUCGCACUGUCACAGACCCUUUACGAUCAAUACACGACCAACGGAAACUCAAACGACAACUCUCUGUGUGGGAAGUACAUCCACAUCCAAUAUGGAAGCAAGAGCACCGACGUUAAAGUCGUCGACCGAUGCACUGGAUGCGCAGAGUACGACUUAGAUUUGUCCCCAGCCGCUUUCGACGACUUGGCAUCAGAAAGCGUCGGGCGUCUGCAAGCUGCCACUUGGUAUUUCACCUCAUAAACCACUUGGCUUUUUCCCCUUCACUCUUUAUUUCGCUAUCGUUAUCGACAUUCUCGAUGUCCUAGAGGCAUUUUAUCUUCAUCUCUGACUGGCCAGAGGUAACGAUAACCAGGAGAAUGCUUUGGUUUGACUGCGUCAAAGUUAUUUAGAAUGCUUGCAUCCUUGCUUGGGCCUGGCGUCUUUCAUCGGAUUAUUAUUGUUGUACAAUAUAUUUGUGGAUAGGUAUAAACAAGGGAACAACAAAUCAUAGAUUGAUCAAAGUCCAA